UCAGCAUCUUCUGGACCAAGUCUCCAUCAAGCUCGUCGCCGCUCAUGGGGCCUCGUCGCCUCCGCCUUGCGGCCGUGGCGCUGUCGUUCCUCUCCCCCUGCGCCGCCUCGGCCUCGGGGCUGCUUCGCAUUCCGCUGGAGAACUACGACCAGAUGCAGUUCUUCGGCUUCAUCGGCGUCGGGUCGCCUCCACAGCGUUUCCAGGUCAUCUUCGACACAGGCUCGAGCGAUAUCUGGCUGCCCGAGACAAGCUGCGCGGACUGCGCCGGCUCUAGGCGCUACCACGCGGCCGUUUCGCGCUCUCACGAGCCGCUGAACGAACCCUUUCGCCUCGAAUACGGCAGUGGCAACGCUUCGGGUCGUGUUGUUCGCGAGCAGAUCUCGCUCUUUGGAGGCGACGCACAGGACGAGCUUCUGACGCUCUCGAAGGUGCAAAUAGGCAGCACCAGCAAGACAACGAAGAGGUUGCAGCGCUUCCAGGCCGACGGCAUCGUAGGGCUCGGCCUCGAGGAGCUGGCGAUCAUCACCAAGCCUAGUCUUCUCAAGUCUGACCCGCGGCUGGGACGCUUCUCAAUCUACAUUAACCCGCUGCCUGGUGCAUUGCCACCGGCACAGCUCAUCUUCGGCGGUGUGGAUGACUCGCUGCCUGUUGCUCACAUUCCGGAGGCGAACGGAACACACGUUAGCUGGCACCACUUCCCUCUCGUUAGGUACCCGUCCAGUAGACGUGCACACGGCUUCUGGGCCAUUCGGUUGCAUCGACUCGCAGUUGGACACUUUGAUUCUCGAUCAGAGUCAAGCUCGAAGCAACUAGCAGGUAGUGGAGAGGGAAUCGUAGCGGUCUCUGCAGCUGUGGCUAUUGUAGACUCUGGCACUUCACUACUGCUGCUUCCGCGACGAGCCUUCGACGCCACAAUAGCUGAAAUUCGGCAGCAUUUGCGCGUACAGCACGGCCGAGAGCUACGUGCGGACCCUCAUGUAGUGAGCGGAUACUCUUGUGCAGACUGCACGGCGGAGAUGUUCCCCGCUCUGCGAUUUAGUUUUGUGAUAACGGAAGCGUCAGUUGAUACACAGAUGAAGACGCAGACGUUAGUGCUGCGGGGCACGGACUACGCGCGCUGUGACGACCUCAUCUGUGCUCCACAGCUCGACGUACACGCACUGUUCACAUCGAAGAAGACCAAGAGCAAGCUGGUGAUCCCUUCUGCUUCGGCAAUGACUACCAAUGUUCCGCAAGAGAUGGAGCACGAAGAAGUUGUGGUGCUUGGUGUCACGUUCCUGCGCGCGUACUACGUGCAGUUCGACUCGGAGCGCAAGACCGUGGGGUUCGCCUGCGUCGGCUCGGCGUUGUCUACUGCAGCGAAUGUCUGCUCCGGCGGUUGGACGCCCAAGCUCCAGUUCCACUCGGCGCACUUCUCGGACGCUGAAGCCUCAGCGUGGCGUGCUGGUUGGGUCUUCUGGUCGCGGGUGUACUUGGGUAUCGGUGUGCUGUUGCUGGUGGUGGCGUUUGCGCUGCUGUGGCUCAUUCUGGUGGUACCGUCGUCGGAUGUCGAGAAGGUGCUCGACUGGCUCUACGGACCCAGCGACAAGAACCGAAGGCGACAGCAGCAAACGGAGUCCAAGCUAACGCCAAGUCGGCGGAGCUCGUAUCAAGCUCUGCAGAUCGAGAAGGCCAGCGACAACAACCGAGGCGACGAAGCCUCAGAGGAGCCCGACUCGGAGCCGGAGUCGCCUCACGCAUCAUCAGCAGCACCGUCAAGGCGGAAGAGCGUGUGCUUCGACGUGUAGACAGAUAGAGUAGAUCAAAUAACAAUAUUGCAAUGUACAAGUAGCUCGGAACAAUUUUACGCUCGAAGUUGAAGUUUUUGUCCG